UGGCAAAUAGCUUCUGUCAUGUCGGUGACCUACAUAAUGAUUUCGCAGCUCGCGCUGAAUACGUACGCUAAGGAAUCCAGGGAUACCUUUUGUUUUAAGAAUGUCGGUGAUAUUUUGAGGGCUUAAAUGGUGAUUAAAAUGGUGUAAACUCUGUGACCUUCUGUGGUCUGUAACAGCCACUUUUUGACCUGAUGGAGGAUUUGAGUGAGGGAGAGUGUUUUCGUUCCAUCAACCAUGCUGAAAGAACAUUCAAGAAAAUGGAAGGAUAUUUGCACCGCAAACAACUGACAGACGUCAUUUUAAUUGCAGAAAAUGUACGAAUUCCUGCCCAUAGACUGGUGCUCAGCUCAGUCUCGGAUUACUUUGGUGCUAUGUUUACGCACGAUGUCCGCGAAGCCACCGAAGUUGAGAUCGAACUCCAUAAUCUUGAUCCAAAUGCAUUGAAAGCAUGUAUUCAUUACAUAUACACAGGCCGGACCAACCUUCGCGAAGACAAUGUCGAAGCCCUAUUGGCAACAGCGUGCAUUCUGCAGCUGUCGGAGGUAGUGGAGGCCUGCUGCGGCUACCUGAUGAAACAGUUGCAUCCAUCCAACUGUUUAGGCAUCCGCGCAUUUGCCGAUACACAGGGCUGUAAAGAUCUACUAAAGGUUGCCCAUAAUUAUACAACAGAACAUUUUGAAGAAGUAACCCAGAACCAAGAGUUCCUAAUCCUAGCUGCUGACGAAGUUUGUGAGCUUUUGAGCAGCGAUGACUUGAACGUUCGCAACGAGCAGACUGUCUACUACGCCAUGCUCGCUUGGGUCAAGCAUGACUUGCCAAACCGACACACCGCUAUCGCACAAUUACUUGCCCAUAUACGUAUGCCAUUGCUCUCGCCACAGUUUAUUACGGACGUAAUCGAUAAUAAUGCUUUAGUCAGAGAUGAAUCUUGCCAGCGUCUCAUAAUGGAGGCCAUGAAGUACCAUUUAUUGCCAGAGAGACGUCCAGUAAUGCAAUCGGCGCGAACCAAGCCUCGCAAGUCAACGGUUGGAACCUUGUAUGCCGUUGGUGGUAUGGAUAGUACCAAAGGUGCAACAAGUAUUGAAAAAUAUGACCUCCGUACGAACACCUGGUCACACGUUGGUCACAUGAGUGGACGACGUCUGCAGUUCGGCGUAGCAGUGAUUGAAGACAAGCUGUACGUGGUUGGUGGAAGGGACGGACUGAAGACACUUAACACGGUCGAGUGCUUUCACCCUAAGACUCGUGAAUGGAGUAUGCUCCCGGUGAUGGGGACCCAUAGGCAUGGCUUAGGUGUUACUGUAUUAGAGGGCCCCAUGUAUGCUGUUGGAGGUCACGACGGCUGGAGUUACUUAGCAACCGUUGAGCGAUAUGACCCACAAAGUAAGCAGUGGAGUUAUGUAGCGCCAAUGACAACACCAAGGAGCACAGUUGGUAUAGCGGUGUUAGACAAAAAGUUGUAUGCAGUAGGGGGACGAGAUGGAAGUGCAUGCUUGCGUUCUGUAGAGGUGUAUGACCCGCAUACCAACCGUUGGACGAUGUGUGCCCCGAUGUCUAAACGGAGAGGGGGCCUAGGGGUAGCUGUGUGCAAUGGAUGCCUGUACGCUGUAGGGGGACACGAUGCCCCGGCCAGUCAGCAAAGCUCAAGGCAGUUUGACUGUGUAGAAAGAUAUGAUCCCCGAUCAGAUACAUGGUCUAUGGUGGCGCCGAUGAAUCUGUGUCGUGAUGCUGUCGGUGUAUCAGUUCUAGGGGAUAAAUUGUUUGCUGUGGGUGGCUAUGAUGGGACAAUGUACCUAAAUGCUGUUGAAUUUUUUGAUCCUCAAUUGGAGAAGUGGAACACGGUUGCUCCAUUGAAUACAGGCCGGGCUGGUGCAUGUGUGGUUCAGGUAGCCAGUAUGUGACCCCUGUACUUUGACCUCUGUCCUUUAUAAUCAAUGAACUUUACACCAGAACAAUUCUCAUCAAAGCCGAAUUAAGUAUUCAAAUGAAUGAAUCUAUUCAUAUUAUUAUAAAACCUUUGUUGAAUGAAAGCAGAAUUUUAAUCAAAAAAUUAUAUUUUAGUAUAGAUGUAUAUUGGGUGGUCCGAGCAUCUUUUAUGGUUGUCUGGGAGAAAAAUGUUUUCAUUUUAACAUAAAGAACCAUGAGGUAUGAAAAAAAAGAUACCACCUAAAGCCAUUGAU